AGAAUUAAUUAUUUUAGAAUUAAAUAUUUUAAAUGAAUCAAAUUUUAAUGAAAAAAAAAUAGGUUUAAUUACCAUGUCUGACCCUGUCCACGUGGAUACUGAGUGAGAUAUGGAAGAUGGUCACGACCCGGCUGUCGAACAAACUCCGCAACUCUCAGAAGUGCCGGAUGAGCAGGAGCAUGAGCAGGAGCAGGAGUGGGUGCCACACCGGGAGCGGGAGGAGAAUGAGAGGGAAAUGGAGAAGGAGAUGUCUGGUAGGAGCUGUACGGCGAUGCGGAACCCGAAAUGGAGCCGCUCCCCGAACCACCACGACCACGACGCUGUCGAGAGCGGAGAGGAAGAGAAGAGAUAUGAACUUACAUGGGAAGAGAGGAGAGGAAGAGAGGAGAGGAAGGAGGCCGAGAGGAAGAGAGGAGAGGAGAGGAGAGGAGAUCCGUCGAGGAAGAGAGAAGAGAGGAGAGGAGAAGGAGAGGAGCCGCGAGGAAGAGAGAGGAGAGGAGAAGGAGGCGGUGAGGAAGAGAGGAAAAUCGAGAAGGAGAGAAAUGGGGAAGAAAAGAAUGAAAACCUAAUUUAUGAGGGGUCCGACGGACAGGGUCCGUCGAAAUUUCCUCGAAAUUUUUUAACGUGGUCGUCGAAAUUUCCUCGAAAUUCUCUUGUUGGCGGCUAGGGUUUCCUGGUUAAUGAAAAACAGUCCGAGGAAAACAUUCCUCGAAAUUUCCUCACAAUAUUGUGAGGAAAUUUCGAGGAAAUAGGGUUUGGGGUUUUGAAAACAUCGAUUUUUUUCCCUAUGUCAUUUCUUAUACAAAUGUAAUUCAUAAUAAUGAGGUUUCUUUGUAUAGAUGAUCAUAAAUAAUGAAAUAACACAAUUACAAAAAUUAUUGUAAGUAUUUCCUUUAACGUUUAUUAAAACGUAUAAGUGUUUAUCUUA